AUGGGCGAAAACUGCAAGUUUGUACAUGCGGACGUGGACUAUUCAACGCUGGAGGGGCAGCCCAUUCAUGUGAACUACAUUUGGCGUGAUGAGAAGCUUUGCAUUUAUGAGCGGCUGCCUCCCGGGGAUGUUUUGGAAGUGUUGCUGCCGAAUUGCAAGCAUCCUGCAGUGAUGAUCUCAAGUGAGUAUGUCCUUGCGACACGGGGUGCGCGUUCAUUUUCGAAAGGGAGACCACAAACACUUUCGCAUUGUGCACAUUACUACUUCAAUUACCUGUGCAGCCGCGGCGAAGACUGCAGUUUCAUUCACGCAAUUUAUGUUGACCCAACUAUAUCUGAGGUUUGCAAGCGUGCAGCGGGUCGUUCGCACCGCCAGCGUGUACCAGGUGCUUUGAGGUCGUCUGUUGAGAGCGCCGAUAGCGACAGUCAACUCCAGUGUUCUCGUCAACGUAAAAAGUGUGGUGUGCCGCCAGAGAUUCCAGUGACAAUUGAUGCUAGGAACUGCCGUGGCGACGGGGUGAUGGCGCCUACUGUUAAUGCUGAGGGUCUGAAUUCGUGGGCGGGGCUGAACGGCCCUUCAGAAGCAAGCAGCGAGGGACCACGGCACAGCUCAUCAGGUGAGGAGGGAACGCUGGAGCCAUUGGUCGGAUUGAAGUGCCGCGAACCGAAUGGUGUACAAAUGAUUGGUUCCGCCUUUGGGCGGGCUGCUAUGAGGCGUGCUCGUGUUUACCGACACGAUCCUUAUGGCAUUUUCUAG